CAGCACCCGUCAGCAAAUCAAUAAUAAAAGUCGGCGCCGCGCUCCUCCUCUUUUCUUUCCCCAAUCCAUCGCCGAGCCAAUUCGGAAAGCCGCUGCCUGUCCUGCUUAGCUGUGAUACAUACAUACAUACUGCUGCCUUUUCCCUUUUCCCCGGCGGGAGCGCGUGGCGAUGGAGCGAGCGGAGGCGGAGGUGGAGAUGGCCGGCGGCGGCGAGGCCGUCCACACGCCCCACUCGGCGCCGCCGACGGCGCCGUCGGCGCGGGUGUCGAUCUGGGAGUCGGUGCGCGCGUGCGGGGUGUGGGGGCGGGAGGUCGACAAGGCCGAGCUGCGGCGCCGGGUCGUCAUGCCGCUCUACGCGCGGAGGGCCGUCGCCGCCGCCGUCGCCGAGAAGGACGAGGCCGCCGGCGUGGCGGCCGCGGCCGCCGCCAGGGAGGAGCAGGCGGAGGAGGACGGGCUGGCGGUGGUGACGCCGAUGGUCGUCUUCGUCAACUCCAAGAGCGGCGGCCGCCACGGGCCCGAGCUCAAGGUGCGCCUGCACGAGCUCAUCAGCAAGGAGCAGGUCUUCGAUCUUUCUGUUGUGAAGCCUUCUGAUUUUGUUCGCUAUGGCCUGGGUUGUUUGGAGAGGUUGGCUGAUCAAGGUGAUAACUGUGCAAAGGACAUCCGUGCAAAUUUGAGGAUUAUGGUUGCUGGAGGUGAUGGCACUGUUGGUUGGGUACUUGGAUGUCUCCAAGAACUUAAUAAGUCAAAAAGGGAACCAGUUCCUCCCACAGGAAUCAUUCCACUUGGGACAGGAAACGACCUCGCUAGAUCAUUUGGAUGGGGUGGCUCUUUUCCCUUUGGUUGGCGUUCAGCUGUAAAGCGAUAUCUCAACAAGGCCGUUUCUGCUUCGGCCGUCCAUCUCGACAGUUGGCAGGCUGUGAUUAAGAUGCCAGAGGGAGAAAUAACAGAGUUGCCACAUGCACUUAAGAAAGCGGAACCUGCCGAUCAGCUGGAGUUCAGCAAGGCGAGUGGCAGUGAGUUAACCGAAAAAUCUUCUUGCUAUAAAGGCGUAUUCUACAACUACCUUAGCGUUGGGAUGGAUGCCCAAGUCGCAUAUGGCUUCCACCAUCUACGAGAUGAAAAGCCAUAUCUUGCUCAAGGACCAGUUGCAAAUAAGUUGAUUUAUGCUGGAUAUAGCUGCACGCAGGGAUGGUUCUGUACCCCUUGUACAGCAAGUCCUCAGCUAAGAGGACUUCGGAACAUUUUGCGGCUUUACAUUAAAAGGGCCAAUUGUUCUGAAUGGGAGCAAAUUCAAAUGCCUUCAAGUGUUAGAUCCCUGGUGGUCUUAAAUCUGGACAACUACGCCAGUGGAAAGCAUCCAUGGGGUGAUCUUAAACCGGAUUAUCUUGAAAAGAGAGGUUUUGUUGAAGCUCAUUCAGACGACGGUUUGAUUGAAAUAUUUGGUCUGAAAGAAGGCUGGCAUGCUUCCUUCGUUAUGGCUGAGCUUAUCAAAGCAAAGCAUAUCGCUCAGGCUGCAGCUAUCAAGUUCGAAAUGAGGGGAGGCGAGUGGGAUCGAGCAUAUGUUCAAAUGGACGGCGAGCCAUGGAAGCAACCACUCAUCCAGGAUCAGUCGACAAUUGUGGAAAUAAACAAGGUUCCCUAUCACUCCCGGAUGAUAAACGGGGAUUCAUGAGAUUUCCCUAUGUCAAUCAGGUAUUGAUUCCGGAAAGUCCAUUUUCUCGUUGUCCGCGGACAUCAGUUUCCUCCAUUGCAUCCUGAUAGCCCCCUAAUCAUUCAAUCACCAUGCCAUCUCAGGGUUACACUCUAGAUCGAUAGUCUAUGUACAGUUUAGGAGCAGCUGGAGUUAGAUUCUUAGAGAUGGCUCGCUCAGCUGCAGCGAAGAUGUAUGUUUAUUGCCCUUCACCAUGCCAUGGUCUGAGUCAUGGCAGGAGCACAAUGUGUCACCGCCAUGUAAUGUAAUAUUGUAUCCUGUAAGUUAUGUUGUACCCUAGCUCCUUUCGAGGUAAAUCAAAUUACGCUUAUUUGUAUUAUUAUUAUUAUUAUUUGUCUAUGGAAAACAACCUGAUGAAAAACACCAUGUAAUCUGUAAUUUUGUUUUCUGUUCAGUCCAACAAAGCAACAGUUAUUUCCCUC